UUCGAUAAUUAUAUUGAUGUAAAACUCAUUGUUUUAGUAUAAGUAAGAAAUAAUGAAAAAAAUUGGCAAAGUAUUGUAGAAAUUAAGUCUUACGGUUUGCGGUCCAUUCAUUGUUUUUUCUUUUAGGUAGAGAGUUAACAGGUUUACAGAGCAGCCAAUAGGAUUGGUGAGAAUGUUUUUAUAGAAUUCAACAUGGCGAGAGCCUGCAAAUUUUGCAGUGACUUGUGAUUUCGUCGACUGUCAAAGUGAAUAGCAACAAUGGGUCAAAAUCAAUCGGGUGCUGGAGGAACUGGUGGAGAUAAAAAAGAUGACAAAGAUAAGAAGAAAAAAUAUGAACCUCCAAUUCCAACACGAGUCGGCAAGAAAAAAAGGCGUACUAAAGGUCCGGAUGUAGCUCUAAAAUUGCCGCAAGUUACUCCACAUACAAGAUGUAGACUGAAACUUUUGAAAUUCGAAAGAAUAAAGGAUUAUUUAUUGAUGGAAGAAGAAUUUAUUAGAAAUCAAGAGCGAUUAAAGCCGCAAGAGGAAAAAAAUGAAGAAGAAAGAUCCAAAGUAGAUGAUCUCAGAGGAACUCCAAUGUCUGUAGGAACAUUAGAAGAAAUUAUCGAUGAUAAUCAUGCCAUUGUAUCUACUUCAGUUGGUUCUGAACAUUAUGUAUCGAUUCUUUCUUUUGUGGAUAAGGAUCAAUUAGAACCAGGUUGCUCAGUGCUAUUGAAUCAUAAAGUUCAUGCUGUUGUUGGAGUUCUUGGAGAUGAUACUGAUCCCAUGGUUACUGUAAUGAAAUUAGAGAAAGCUCCGCAAGAGACUUAUGCUGAUAUUGGAGGUCUUGAUACUCAGAUUCAAGAAAUAAAGGAAUCUGUCGAGCUGCCUUUAACUCAUCCAGAGUAUUAUGAAGAAAUGGGUAUUAAACCACCGAAAGGAGUGAUCUUAUAUGGACCUCCCGGUACUGGAAAAACACUUCUUGCUAAAGCAGUAGCUAAUCAAACGUCUGCAACUUUCCUCAGAGUUGUUGGUUCUGAGCUUAUUCAAAAAUACUUGGGUGAUGGACCCAAGUUAGUUCGAGAACUAUUUAGGGUAGCAGAAGAACAUGCUCCGUCUAUUGUUUUUAUUGAUGAAAUUGAUGCUGUUGGAACGAAACGGUAUGACAGUAACAGCGGUGGUGAACGAGAGAUUCAAAGAACUAUGUUAGAACUUUUGAAUCAACUUGAUGGUUUUGACAGUCGUGGAGAUGUAAAAGUAGUAAUGGCAACAAACAGAAUCGAAACUUUAGAUCCUGCUUUAAUUCGUCCCGGUCGUAUUGACCGAAAAAUAGAGUUUCCUCUUCCAGAUGAGAAGACUAAGCGACGUAUCUUCAAUAUCCAUACAUCCAGAAUGACCUUAGCACCUGAUGUGAAUUUAUCAGAGCUAAUUAUGGCGAAAGAUGAUCUUUCUGGUGCUGAUAUAAAAGCUAUUUGCACCGAAGCUGGGCUCAUGGCACUACGUGAACGUCGUAUGAAAGUCACCAAUGAAGAUUUCAAAAAAUCUAAAGAGAGUGUUCUUUACAGAAAAAAAGAAGGUUCACCAGAAGGACUUUAUUUGUAAAAAAAAUUCAUUUAUUCAUCUCAAUAAUACAAUGGGUUUUUCAUUACCAAGCCUGCCUGGCAGUUAAUCGAUUCGUUUUUUUUCAACCGUGUACUAAUAAGAAUAAUAAAAAUAAUUAUUGAUAAAUUA